AUGAAUCAUAAACGUUCAGUGAGUAUUGCAUCACAAAAUUCUUCUAAUGCGGAAUUUACGGCAAGUGAGAAAUCAGCUUCAUUACAUCUACUUUGGGAUGAUCCACAGUGGGAUGAGAAAGCGGAUUUUUGUUUUUAUGGUGAUAUAAUACAUCGUGGUCAUUAUUCGGUAUCAUCUGAUGUCUCGGAUAUGACCGAAUUUCGAGCUGCUAAAGGACUGUUUGAAGAAUCGGACAAUCGUUGUAAGAUGAAGAAGGAGGAUGAAAGAAGUCAUGAAAAUUUAAAUCGAGAGGAACGAAAUAUUGAUUUGGAUAGUAACAAUUUCAUCCAAAAAAAUUGCAUGAUCGAUUCUAAGCAUCUUUAUCACAUUACUACCGGGUUUAUAACUCGAACGAACAGUAUGUCAGUUUCGAGUGAACGUAGUUCUCAAUCAUUUCUAUCUCUCAGACAACGGCUUAUUGCUAAUGCGUCGUCGGGUGGACUACUUGAAUUAGCACAAUCAUCUUCUGCACCACCGAUAAUAUCAGCAGAUCAUAUGAUAGCAUCAAUGACUGAUAGCGGAAUUAGCAGAGGAACCAUUUCAACGUCCAAUUUUCAGUCAUCAAUUAGAUCAGCUGGUGUAAAAUGUACUUUUGGAGCAGAGAUAUUCUCGAAUGAAGAUGAAAUUCUCGAUAUGAUGGUACCUGUCACAUUAACAACAAAUAGAAAUUCUAUUAUUAGAUCUGUUUACUUUUCACCAGGAAUUUCUAUGGUAGCAAAUAAUCCGAACAUUGAUCGUAUUAAUAAUUAUACAUUUGAGAAUUUAGAAAGGCGGAAUAAUUUAAAUCUAAUCAGUGAGGAUCGUUGCUCAAUAGCUACAUCUAAUCAAAGUAUGGAAUGGUUUGAGGAUGAUUGCUGUCCAUUUGUGAGAGAGGAAGAUUUGGAAGAAUCAUCGGAUGAUCCAUUAGCUGCAUGCUUCAGGCAUUCCGAUUCUAAUCAGAUACAUCAUCCUAGCAGUUCAGAAAGUAGACAAAAACACCUAUACAGUGUUACACGUGAUUUAAUGGUGUGGGCAAGGGAUCAAUUUGGCCCUAAAUCUUCUCAAAUAAAGGCUCUUCAAUCAUUGUAUAUAUCACAUCAACGUUGGCGAAGGAUAGGUUUAAAACGAAGUUCGAAUUGUUCGGAACAAUUUCUCAGUUCCCUGUUGCAUUUAAUGUUCAUUCGUGGAAUACCAUUUUUCACCUGCUCGGACAUAUUGAUCACUGCAAAGGUUUCAACUCUUGACCUUUAA